ACUUCACAUCAGUCUCGGGCUCCGUUAUUCUCACCAGCUUCUAGCUGACAUCUCUCUCUCUCUCUCUCUCUCUCCCCUGCUCAGUCUCUCUCUCGUGCGCGUGCGUCCGCUACAAUGAGUAUGACGCACGGAGCGCGCGAUUUCACCGACACUCUCUCGAGCCGGAGAAAAAUGUGACUGGACUCUUCUUGCGCAUGGUGACGCAGCGGCACGAAUCAGAUGGAGUGACGACUAUUGCGGCAAAAAAAAAAAAAACGCGGGUCCGAGCCGGGAGCGAUAACGGUGCAUCGCGGACGCGUUAUAAUGCGUCAUAUUUCACAAUGACGACGAGGCGAAAGUCAACAAAGCUGCAGCUGCGGCGCUCGAUCAGCGAACAGCUGCGCGACUCCACGUCCAAGGCUUGGGAUUUACUCUGGAAAAAUGUCCGAGACAGACGCCUCGCAGAGAUUGAAGCAAAGGAGGCGUGUGAUUGGCUGAGAGCGGCUGGAUUUCCGCAGUAUGCUCAGCUCUACGAGGAUUCUCAGUUUCCUAUUGACAUAACUGCUGUGGAAAAGGACCAUGACUUCCUGGACAAAGAUCUGGUGGAGCCUCUGUGCCGGCGGCUUCAGACUCUAAACAAGUGUGCCUCCAUGAAACUGGACGUAGGAUUUCCUAAGAAGAGAAGUGAGGACUCGGACGAGGACGACCUGCUGGCCAUCAGCAACAGAUGGACGUUUGAGUGGAGCAGCCGGCGCUGGUCUCGCCUGCAGGACGUUGAUCUGAUCCUGGGGGCAAGAGAUCGGCGGAGGACUGUGAGUAGUGAGAGUGUCCUGACUGAUCUGAGCGAACCUGAGAUCUGCUCGCUAAAUAGUGAGGACUCACUGUCUGUCAUGCCAGAGUCUGCAUCUCUCAGCCCACUAAGCAUGCCCCAGUACCCAGACCUGCCUCGUUACAACACGCUUCCUGCAAAGAGUGGCAGACACGGCCGCACACGUGCCAAGGACUUCCUUCGGCGAAUGGAGACUCUGGGACGCUCGUGGGGGGCAUUGCGGGCAUGUCCAGAGCGGCGAGCCAUGACAAUUAGUGGGCCGAUUCUCCAGAGCGAACCAGAGGCUCUACGUACACUGCGCUGCAUCCCCACUUUCAACGGAAUGCCAGGUGACACUGAAAUCACGCCCACUGCUAGCAACUGCCCAUCUGUUUUCACUACCAGCGAGGAGACCAGCCAAUCUGAGACGGGUGGAAGCACUGAGAGCACACCCAACAUGCAGGAGCAUAUUCCAGAACCACACAACACCAGCAAGCGUGCAGGCAUGUAUCUGGAAAAUCUGAAUGUGCUUCCUCAUGACAGCCAGCAGAGGACAUCAAUAGAACAUAAUCGCAGGAAUGAGUUUCACUCCUAUGAGGAUCUUAUGGUACACAUCCCAAAGGACCACAAGCCUGGGACUUUUCCCAAAGCACUGUCCAUAGAGAGUUUGACUACAGCCAAUGGGGAGGGAGGGAAGUGGAAGGUUCAAGAAUCAGAGCAGCAUAAACCGUCGAGGAACAGGAAAUGGGCAGGGCGAGAGAACCGACCCAUGACACGCUGCUGUCCACGAAGCAGCCGCAUUAGCAUUUAUGACAAUGUUCCAGGUUCCCACCUGUAUGCCAGUACUGGAGAUCUUAUGGACCUAGAGAAGGAGGAGGACCUGUUCCCGCACCUUGAUGACAUCCUGCAGCAUGUGAACGGCCUGCAGCAGAUCGUGGAUCACUGGUCCAAAAAUGUGCUGCCUGAGGGGGAAGGUGAGGAUGAUGGGGAACGGGACCAUGAAAUGAUGGAUGCUCAGUCUUCCAGUCAGAUCACGUUGGAUUUUGAAGGGACCUCGGUGAAGACACCUAGUGAUGGAGACAGAGAUGGAGUGUCUUUGAAUGAAACAGAUGCUUCAAGCACAAGAGAGAGGCGGGACUCAGGGGUUGGUGCGUCGCUCACUCGGCCUCGUCUCAGAUGGCCCAGCUUCAGGAUGUCUAAUCGCCUCAGCCAAUCAGGAACUUCAUUACAGCUCUCCAACCAGUCAGCGGGCCAGCUCAGUCUGUUGCAGAAGUUCUCACUGCUCCGUCUCACAGCCAUCAUGGAGAAAUAUUCAAUGUCCAAUAAGCAUGGCUGGACAUGGUCAGUGCCAAAGUUCAUGAAGCGGAUGAAGGGACCAGAGUACAAGGAUAAGGGUGUGUAUGGAGUGCCUCUGGUUGUCCAUGUGCAGCGAUAUGGCCAGCCUCUACCUCUCUGCCUCCAGCUAGCACUACGCUACCUUCGAAGGCAAUGCCUCGACCAGGUGGGGCUUUUCCGUAAGUCUGGUGUGAAGUCUCGGAUCCAGGCUCUGAGACAGAUGUGUGAGAGUUCUCCAGAGUCUGUAGACUAUGAGGAUCAGUGUGCAUAUGAUGUGGCCGACAUGGUGAAGCAGUUUUUCCGAGACCUUCCUGAACCACUGCUUACCAGCAAACUCAGAGAGACCUUCCUCCAUAUAUAUCAGCAAGUCCCUAAAGAGCAGCGACUGCAGGCAGUGCGAGCUGCGAUUAUGCUAAUGGCGGAUGAGAACCGUGAAGUGCUGCAGACCUUGCUGUGUUUCCUGAGCGAUGUCACUUCCUCUGUAGAGGAGAAUCAGAUGACGCCAAUGAACCUGGCUGUGUGCCUCGCCCCAUCACUUUUUCAUUUGAACAUUAUGAAGAAUGACAACCUUUCACCAAGGUCAAUCCAGAAGAAGUACGCCACAGGACGUCCUGACCAGAAGGAUCUUAAUGAGAACCUUGCUGCUACUCAGGGGCUUGCCCACAUGAUCACUGAGUGCAACCGACUCUUUGAGGUCCCUCAGGAGAUGAUUUCUCAGUCAAGGAACUCGUAUGUGGAGGCUGAGGUACUAGCACCCCCUCUGGACGACCUUUGCAAGCAGAUACAACCGCAUAUGGAAGAAGAACAAGAAGAUGAGGAGGAGGAGGAGGAAGGCUCCUAUCGGUGCCACAUGGAAGGACUGAUUCAAAACCUGCUAAAAGAAGCCAGAGACAAAAGCAAGUGCUGGGCGAGCCAACCCACCAUCGACAACGUGGAGCUCACAUACAAAAAGAUGGGUGAUGGAACUCCACUCCGGCGCUGGCGUGUCUCAGUUGAAGUGGAGGCUCCACCGUCUGUGCUGCUGAACCGGGUUCUGCGAGAGCGCCACCUUUGGGACAAUGACCUCCUACAAUGGAAAGUUCUGGAAACACUGGACAAACAGACUGAAGUGUAUCAGUAUGCUCUCAACAGCAUGGCCCCUCACCCCAGCAGAGACUUUGUGGUACUCCGGAUGUGGCAGACAGACCUAACGAAGGGUGUGUGUGCAUUAGUGACAGUUUCCAUUGAGCAUGAGGACAGUGCACCUAUGGGCGGGGUACGGGGCAUCGUUCUGGAGUCACACUACCUGCUUGAGCCCUGUGGGUCAGGAAAGUCGAGACUCACACACAUCUGCAGAAAAGACCUCAAGGGGAAGUCUCCGGAAUGGUAUAACAAAGCCUUUGGCCAUAUUUGUGCUGCUCAAGCAGCUCGCAUUCGGAACUCCUUCCAACCUCUGGAUCCUGAUGGCCCCGAGACCAAGAUCUGAGCCUGGAUAUGGAGUACAGACUGGAGUCCAGGGUUUGAACUAGGAUCAGGGAUUAAAAAAACAAAACAGGGCUGAUAUUAGGGGUUGUACCAGGAUGACAUUUAGGACCAGGGUUUGAAUAAGGAUCAGGGAUU